AGUGUCCGUGUUUGCGGGGUUAGCAGAUGCGGGCUAGCUCUUCCUUCAGGCGGACACUCUGCAAACAUGAACCCGGGCCCCCUCCUCACCCUCCUGGCCCUGAGCUGUGUCCGAGGGCCAGUGGUCAGCGGAAGAGAGCUGGUUUAUGUCACUGUGCUCUUUCGCCAUGGAGACCGCUCCCCCAUCCGGGCCUACCCCACUGACCCGUACCAGGAGAGCGCCUGGCCUCAGGGCUUCGGGCAACUUUCCCAGGUGGGCAUGAAGCAGCACUAUAACCUGGGACAGUUCCUUCGAAAGCGCUACACCGGCUUCCUCAAAGAGUCUUACGAUCGUCAAGAGAUUUCGGUGCGAAGUACAGACUUUGACCGGACCCUGAUGAGCGCAGAGGCGAAUCUCGCAGGUCUGUACCCUCCAAAUGGCUCCCAGGUCUUCAACCCGGACAUAAAAUGGCAGCCGAUCCCCGUGCACACCGUCCCAAUGCCUGAGGAGAGGCUCCUUUCAUUUCCUCUGUCUGACUGCCCUCGCUACAAACAGCUCAUGAGCGAGACGGAACAGACGCCGGAGUUUCGCAACGUCACCGCGUUCUACCAGGACGUCAUCGAGCUGGUGAGAAACAAAACUUUAUUAAACAAGACGAACAUUGAAUCCGUUUGGGGCGUCUACGAUACGUUAUUCUGCGAGGCUCAGCACAACAUGACUCCUCCAGACUGGGUCACUCCUGACGUCAUGACCAGCCUCAAAUACCUGAAGGAUUUUGCAUUUCGGAUGGCGUUUGGGAUCUACAAGCAAACGGAAAAGAGCCGUCUUCAGGGAGGUCUGCUUUUAGGAGAAAUCGUAAAGAAUCUCACUCUCAUGGCUACGGAAAACCCCAAACCAAAACUCAAGCUCAUGAUGCUGUCUGCGCACGACACCACCGUAGCCGCUCUUCAGGCCAGUCUAAAUGUUUUCAACGGAAUCCAGCCGCCGUACGCCUCGUGUCACAUCUUUGAGCUCAACAAGGAGGAGAACGGGGCUUACACAGUCUCCAUGUUUUACCGCAACAACACUGAACUCUACCCAGUGGAGUUACCCGGCUGUGCUCUUGACUGCCCCCUUGAGGACUUCAGAGCACUUACGAAACCUUCUAUUUCGGACGAUCGGGAUCAGGAAUGUCAACUUCCUUCACCGGGAACGAGCAAAGAAGUAAUAAUUAGCUUAGCGGUGUCCGGCUGCGUGCUCUUCAUCCUCAUCGCCACCCUCCUCGCCGUCAUCUGCCGCCAAACGGAGCCGAUGAGGUCGCGGGGAUACCAACAUGUCAUCAACGAGGCCGAGUCCUGACAGAAGUGCGAGCUCCUUCCUCCCAAAUGCACGCGCCUCACAUCCUGGGACGAGAAUACGGAAGACGAGAGCGAAGAUGAACUUUGACCUCUCUGCUCCCGCUGAAUGAACUGUGAAUGAACUCCAGGGGGCGCUGUGAUCGGAAAGGCUCUGUUUUCGGCUGUCGGUGGGUCCAAUAAGUGGUUUCUGCUGGGAGAGGGACUAACGAUCGCCCUUUAAAAAUGAAUUGUGUGUAUAAAUAAAGCGGGAUGUUGUAAAGUACUUUUGAUAAUUGUAUAUUUGGAAGUAGAACGUUUUAUAAAUUCAAGGGCUACGUUUUAAAGAACUGGAGUUUAAGGAGUGAACGUGCCUUAAUCCACCUCCUUUUUGUUUGUCUUUUUCACUCAAACUUCCACAGAUUUACACAGGUUUCACUGGGACGCAAUGCAAUAUUCAAAUAUCUUGCAAAUAUUACGUGAACUUCCCCAAAAAGUUGCAUAAUAUUGAGCGUUUUGUUUAAAGGUUCAUGUUACACUGUUGUUCUAAUGUCGUUUCCUCGUCACAAACAGACCUGGAGUUGUGUUUUGUUUCAUUCAGACACGUUUAAACGCACAAAGUCUGCAUUUUUGAACUCCACACGUUACUCAAACAUGCGAAUGAAACAAAACACAACUCCAGCUCUGUUUUUUUGAGGAGGAAACGUGACUUUAAAGCUGCAAAGGUCCGUUUUGUGCGAUUAUAGGACUUUUUUUUAAGAUGAAUUGAACAUGUAGCUUCAAUAGAAAUGUUCUUAUUCUGUGACGAGGGGCGACUUCAUGCACUGGAACACUAGCACACGUUUAACUAAAAUGCAAUUUAUCUGUUUAUGUUCAAAAACGAGUGUGGGGUGAACACGUUUUGUACUUGCUCAAAUAAAAUAAACAUUGGAUUUGUUGAUUUGCACGACUCUUAUCCUCUCAGUCAUGAAUUAAUCUUUUGAAUUUUGAUACUUGGUUAAGUCUCUUUAAACUCAAGAUCUCGACUCCUCCCCCUGUUCCGUGUUUGAGUCUCGGCGAGCGGCUUUUGAUUUAAUUGGGAUGUUCCUCAUAAACUUGUUAAGAAGGAAAUGAAACCACAUGAUCUGAGGCAGCGCAUAGUCGAAAAGUCUGAAGUGGCAUCGGGUUUAAAAGAGCAAGAGUCAAGGGGGCGGGGCCAGACAUGUUUAGGUUAGAGCUACUGUAGAGUCUGGUAAUGUCUGGAAUGGUCCGCUGGUUUGGGAACCUGACUGUCUCUAAAGAUCACCACAGACCCCUCGUGUUCACACAAUCAUCUAGAGCAGGGCCGUCAAACUCACAUUCACCGAGGGCCACAUCUGCAAAAUGGCCGCCAUCAAGGGCCAGAUGUGACUGUGCGGCUCGAUAAAUGUCACUAAAUGUAAACGAAUGUCAUGUAAAAUAAAUGUAACUACUUUUUCACUUGUUA